AUGCAGCGCUUAAGGAUAGAUAAGCUGUUGGGGCCACAAAAGGUAGCCGAUGUAGCUGACGCCAUCGCUGACAUGGAACGCUACAUUCCAAGGCACGCUAAGAUGGCGAUGCUUGACUUAGUUCUGGCAUGGGCUCGGGUCGAUACAACGAUUGCCCAGCUUGCCACGGCAGCUUUCAACAUGGAUCCGACUGUUGGUGCGAUCGGAAGGAGCUUUGGAAAGCUGGCAGUAGAAGUAAUCCCGAUCGCCGUGAUGAAAAAGCGACGUCAUUCGCGCGGCACGUCGACAAAGAAGCGAUGGCGAUGCUGGAUGAGCAAUGGAAGCGGGAAGACGAAAACGAGGCCGGGAGGGAUGAGGACGUACCUCCCGGCCCCUAGCAUGACGGGGUUCCCGACCCCGCCAGCUAUCUCGCUAAGUCACGGUCGCGCUUGCUGGACCGGUCGGAGUUGCGUCCAGCGUGUUGCCGUCUGUAGCCACGACCCAAUAGUUGUAGGUCCCCGCCGCUACCGUGUCGAAGAACCGCAGAUCGUUCGGGUUCUUCCACGUCACCGUCGCCUUGCCUACGUCACCCUGCGCCGUCAGGUUGGUGGAGGGCGGCAGGACAGCUUCGGUGGAGACGGUGGCAUAUUCAUAAGCCGGUCCGCGACCGGAGGUGACCACGUAGCGAUAGCGAACCGUGUAAUCCAUGCCCUCCAGCAACAGGCCGCUGAUCGCGGUGUUCUGGUUGAUCGUCAUCGGCAUCCACGGAUCGCUAUCCCGCCCGUGAUGUCGGAGACAUUCUCACCCGUGAUCGCCGGGAAGCGGAUCGUGCCGCCUGAGCCAUCAACUACCGGCUUGGUUGCUUUCGCCAGUCAGAAGCGUCCAUCGGCUGGGAGUGAUGGGGACAGCGCCAAAGGUCGUGCCAAUGCCGCUGCCGUCCAGUUCUACCGGCGUAGCGAUCUCAAAGUCGCCAGCAAUAGUGUUGUCGUAAUUGAGCUUGAUGAUCCGCUCUUGGCGGCAUUUCAGGCCACGCAGGCUGACGGUGGGGCCAUUAAUCGUGCGCGGCUGCGACCGCAGCCCUAUCCCUUGGCCAGACGCAUCGCCCGGUUGUGA